ACAGUGCCAGGGGGAGUUAAGGCUGUGCUGUGAUACACUGCUAGUGGAUCUUAUUGAUAUGUGUGUUUGACACAUUGAAUGAAAGUACAUGGUGAUCAUUAAACUACACUUGAAUGAAGCCAAUACUACGGUAUCUUUGAUUCAUACUCAUGAUGGAAUAAAGUAGAGAUUAUAGGAGACUAUUUCUGUUACAAGCCCAAGGAGUGAACAGAGGACGAGUCCAUUAUGUGUCGAUGGGGGUGUGAAGCUUUUAACUCGACGUUCAUGUGCAAGUGGUGCGGCACGCGCUACUGUCGCGAAUGUCUAAAGGGGGAGUUUACUGGCGCCAUGAAAGAAUCUACCCACUGUGUCAAAUGCAACCAGAAGCGAUGUCAAGGCCAGAAGGUGGAGACAGUUUUGAAGGAAUACAUGAAUAAAGAAGAAGAAAAAGGCGGGAAAAGAUCUUCCAGCUCAGCCAGCAGCAAGCGAAACAAAACGUCUGCCAAAAAAGGCAAAAGUGGAAGCGGCAAAAAAUCUGGCAAAUCUAAAUCGGGCAAAAAGGGCGGGAAGAAAAAGAAAAAGAAGAAAUAAUGAAAAUAAUUCUCUCAUCUCACCAGACGACAUUGACGUAUCGUAUACUCUUCUAUAGUAGCCAAAAAUUGUUAUGAUUGAGCUUAAAAGUUAUGGAACAAUAUUUAUGUUGAAAAUACAGUAUUAUCUCUCAAUAAACUCGUAUAGAAAUAUUUUCGAGUUUACCUGAUGUAUUUUCACUUAAAUUUGUGUCUUAGUUGUAGGACAAAGGAAACAAUAUGUAUAUAUAAAAUAAUAUAUAUUGAAUACAAUCACGUCUAUACAUUUGUAUAUAAACAUUGCAUGUAGACUUUGAUUAUUUUUUUUUUUAGUAUUCAGUUUAAAUAUUAAUAAUAAUUUUUUUUUACUUUUUUGUCUCAAGUGGUAAUAUGAAAUCUAGUUUUGGCCUAGUUUGAGUCUAGUGACUAGGCGAGUUUGAGUCUUGUGAUUAGGCGAGUUUGAGUCUUGUGAAUAGACAAGUUCAUAUUUAGGUCAGAUGGUACAGUAUUGAUAGCGUCAUUUUGUGUGGACAGUGAAGUGGUCAGUAUAGCCUUGCGUCGACAAUGAAACAGCCAAUAUAGUUUUGCGUGAGAGUAGAAGUGGGCAUACUGUACACAUUGACCUUUAUCUUAUUUUUCUGAAAUUUUUCAGAAAUUAAUAAUCUUAGUGUUUUUUUUUUCUUCGUUCUCAAUUUUAUGUCGGAAGGUUCAGACAAGUAGUCCUAUAACUGAGAUAAACUGCGCAGUGGUUUCCAGAUCUGGCAGCUCUCCAUAGAGUUUUUGUUCUGUAGUGGGUUUUGGGGCCAGUGUCCUGUUUGGGUUUCUCAAUAGAGGAUGUGGUCCUCAUGAUUGGAGUCAUUACCACUGACCCCUACAGAAAUUCUGAAAUCUUGAAGAUUUGAAGUUCUGAACAUAGGACCACUUGAUCUCAUGCUGUUUUUACUUAACGUGGCUGAGAGGUUUGUCGCUUGGCAUCCGAACCGGAAAGGUCCUGGGUUUGAAUCAUGGGAUUUAAAAUUGCCGGAACUUUGGGGGCCUCUGAAUCCAUCCAACCGUAAUGGGUACCUGACAAUGAGAUAAGGGAACAAUAAAGGCUGUUGGUCGUUGUGCUGUCCACAUGGCACCCUCGUUAACUUUUACAAAAUCUGCCUUAUUGAUAAGGUCCGAAAGGGAAUAUUACUUUUUUAAGUACAAAAUGAAAAUAUAUUUAGUCGCGUGUACUUCUGCAGAGUCAACCAACUGUAUAGUAAAAACAUAAGUGUAAUUUGUGUGUGUGUGUGCAAAAGUCAGGCUUGACAGCACACGAUAGUAGCCGACCAGUAGUGCGUCGACUGUCCGACUGCCUUUCUGUCAGGGCCGGUCCUAGUGAUUGGGGGGUCCUAUGCUAAACUGAUUGCGCGGGGCCUAGUUUGUGUGGGAAUAAGGAUAAUAAGCGAAAAUUAAAAUUUUGUAUAAGAAAAAAAAUCGACUUUGAAUUUUAUUCAUUCUUUACUAAGUUAAAAAUUGCGAUCUGUCCUUUACGAGCCUUGUAACCAAUGACAUAUUUAAAUGCCAGUGACUAUAAAAGUAAAUAAAGUAUUGGAACUUCCGAUUAAGGUAAAAUUUGCCCGAUUACUACAUUUUAUUACAUGAAAGCUGACAAUGUUUUUUUUCUUUUUAUGGCGCGUAGGAUUGGCGUCUUUCGCAAUGAAUGACACCCACAAAUGACAAUUUUGUCUAUUUUUCUGGAGGUUUUUAAGAGUUUUCAGGAGAUUUUAAUAAACUCAGGAGAUUUCCAUGAGAUUUUCGUAUAUUUUUUUGAAAAUUUAAUAAUUACACCUUGAAUUAGCGCGGGGCAUAUAAAAGCGUUGGGCCCACUGCGACCGCAUAGGUUGCAGUGGCCUAAGACCGGCCCUGCUUUCUGUGACGAAUGGCCUCGGCUAAUUGCCUGUAUCUUUAAUCUUCACUGUGUUAUAUUUCAACAGUACCAUUGUAUGUCAAGAAAGUUAACAUUUUACAUGUGAUGACUUAUUUUAUGGAAUAAAGUUUAAAAGCAUUAAACCGAAGACAAACAUAGUCAGCGCUGUGUUUUUUUUUGUUUGUUUUUGUUUUGUUUUUCAGUGUAUCAAAGUGGUGAGUUGAAAUAGAUUUAUAGGCACCUCCGAAUCCGAGUAUGUCACGUGAUUGUGGUUGCAGUUUUACACAUCCCCCGGAAGUACAAUUGUGACACAUAACGAUCCCGUUUAUUCGCAGAAGUUCUGCUUCCAACUUUCAGCUUAAUAUAUUAUCUUAUCUUAUCUUAUAUGAUACAGACGUUACUUCAAAAAAAGAAGAUGAUUACGUCCUAUGUCAAUGUUUAUAAUGUCAAUGUUUAUAAUGCCUAUGUUUAUAAUGUCAAUGUUUAUAAUGUCAAUGUUUAUAAUGUCAAUGUUUAUAAUGUCAAUGUUUAUAAUGUCAAUGUUUAUAAUGUCUAUGUUUAUAAUGUCAAUGUUUAAAAUGUCAAUGUUUAUAAUGUCUAUGUUUAUAAUGUCUAUGUUUAUAAUGUCAAUGUUUAUAAUGUCUAUGUUUAUAAUGUCAAUGUUUAUAAUGUCAAUGUUUAUAAUGUCAAUGUUUAUAAUGUCAAUGUUUAUAAUGUCAAUAUUUAUAAUGUCAAUGUUUAUAAUGUCCAUGUUUAUAAUGUCUAUGUUUAUAUUUAUAAUAUUAGGGACUAAACAUUACUUUAUGUUUGAAAUACAUACGACUUCUGUAUGAGGCAAUAAAGUGCCUAUCACAUAAUU